AUGACAGAUGCCCAGCUACGCGAGACAAUCUCGCAACUCUCGCGCCAACAACAGUACCAGGCAACAUACCAACAGAAUCUUCAAAGCUGGUCGUCAAAUCCCCAGGCGACGCCAAAGGGUGCCAUCCCCUCUCAGCGCAGCGCGCCCCGCACUCGCGCCCUACGCUCUGGGGGCGCUGCCCAGGCGCCGUCCUACACCCCUCCACCUCAACCCGCCCCCGCAACCACAACCACCGCCCCCGCAAGCACGGCGCAGUAUGCUACUCAAUACCAACAUCAGAAGCAACCCCAGUACCCGCCUCCGCCGCCUCUCCCACCCGCACGCCAGGCGUUCAGCUCGACUUACCCCUCUCGCAUGCGCACCGGCGCGACGCUGCUCAUGCAACCCAUCCUCUCAACCUCCGUCGCCCUCCAGGCCGCCGCAGCAUCCUCCGGGCGCGCAUCACGACGGGGCGCCGCAGCCGUCUCGUACGCCGACCCAGGCUCAGGCGACGAUAUCCCCGACGCGGGCGAGCUUGACUCGGACGACUCGGACUUCCAAGCGUCUGGCGGCACGCGCACCGCGAUCCGAAACGCGCAAGGCGGACGCGCCGCACGCAUGUCGACCGGCAUGGGCGUUUUUCACUCGGGCACGGGCGCGAGCCGCGCGACGCCUCAGACGCCCGUCGGCGGAGCGGGUGCGCAGACGAAAAGCAGGGAGCUGGACCAGAGCUAUCUCGGGCAGAUACCCCCCGCGCGGUACAUCCAGUCGAAGCUAGUGCCGAUGACCGACCACGAAUACGUGACUCAGGACGGCUUAGAACAGCAGGCCGAGCGGCCAACGGCGCUGGUGCCUGUGCGGGUUGAGUUCGAGACGGACACGCACCGCGUGCGCGAUUGCUUCGUGUGGAACCUGCACGAGCGCCUCGUCACCCCAGAUCGGUUCGCGCGCAUAUUCUGCGCCGACCUUGACCUGCCCGAGAAGCCGUGGGCAGAGACGAUCGCGAACCAGAUCCGCGCGCAGCUCGAGGACCACGAGGGCAUCGCGAGCAUGGACCUCGGCGUGGACGACCGCGUUGACGCGGACGGGCGGGAACCGGCAGAGCCCGGAGAAAUUUACCCGGAAUGUCGGGUUCUGCUCGAGAUCGACGUGCAGAUCGGCAACCACCAUCUCAUGGACCACAUUGAGUGGGACCUACUAUCCCCGCUCACACCGGAAGCCUUCUCCCAAAAGCUCUGCGCCGAGCUCGGGCUAGCGGGCGAAGCCGUCCCACUCGUCGCGCACGCCGUACACGAGGAAAUCGUGAAGCACAAGAAGGACGCAAUCGAGUGGGGCGUCAUCGGCGGGGACGACGGCGUGGACGGCACGCAGCUCGCGGACGCGACUACCGCUGCGAACACCCUGGCGAACAGUGGAAGACCCGCCGGGGAAGGCCGGGAGCGCGAGCGGCGGGACAAGAGCGGCCUGAGCCUGCUAAAGGACAAAACGGGGCUCGGGAUGUCGUGGGGCCGCGCACCGAAGGACGGCAGGGGACCGAAGGUGCUCAAGAGCGUGUGGCGGGAUUGGCAGGAGGCAGAGGACUUCGCGACGCGGUUCGAGGAGCUCACGGCGGAGGACAUCGAGCGGCGAGAGAUCGAACGGGAACGUGCGAGUCGGCGUUUGCGGAGAGAAACCAGCAAGUUCCAGACUUCGGGACGGCGGAGACGAUGA